AUGGAACAACGUCUAAACGAGAAAACCAACAUGACAGCUGCCCAGUGUCCUCCACUGUCAAAUCCCAUCAAUGGGUUCAUGACUGGCUCCAACUCCUACGGAGACGUGGUCAACUUCACAUGGACAGAGUGUCCUUCUGGGUCCUGGACGGAUUGGUUCGAUCGUGAUGACCCCACAGGGACUGCAGACAGUGAAAUCCUAACUGAUCUCCGCCAGGACUAUCCAGGGCAGAUCUGUGCCACUCCUACAGCCGUGCACGCCCGCGUUAUCUCCACACAGCAGGAGGCGUCCCUGACAGGACAACACUUCUCCUCCUACGACACGACCGCCGGGUUCCUCUGCAGGAAUGUGGACCAACUUGACGGCAUGUGUCUGGAUUAUGAGGUCCGCUUUUGCUGCUCGGAUGUUGGAAAGGGUGGAUGGUUGGCCCAGGAUUCGUCAUGGUUUUUGGAGUCUAUCGGCAGACCUCAUGUGAAGGACGGAGUGACAUAUGAUGCCACCAAAGCCUUGGACGGGGACACUACGACCUAUUGGAACCCUACCGGUACCGACCAGAGCUUCAACAACUGGUACAUCAUACUGGACCUCAAAUCGUCCCACACUCUGACCCGCAUCGCAGUUAACAACUACGGAGACACCACCCAUGACAUUGCAGCCUUCAAGUUGCAGGCAUCACAUGUAAGGUGUCCGCGCACCUGGAAGGACGUCGUGACCAUCACUAACGUGCAGGGAGGGGCGAGCCAGCGCCAGGAGUUCGGCGGGUUCCAGGAAACAGCGCGGUACUGGAGGUUCGUGGUCACGCGGACCCACUCGGGCUGG